GGGCGGAGUCCUGUGGGGACUCGGGCGUGGCUUCUGGGUCUCCGGGCGGGGCUUGUUUUCGUGGGCGGGGCGGGGCCUGGCCUGCGGAACUGCCUUGUGCCUGGUUCACUAGUGUACCCCGACAUGCUGCGGGCGCGCGGGCCUGGGCCGGGCUCUCUGCUGCUCCGGGAGGCGCUGGCUCUCGGGCGGCGUGGGCGAACGUGGCAGCGGCCGCAAGGCCAGGACACCGGCGUGCAGGUGCACAACAGCCUCACCGGCAAGAAGGAGCCGCUGAUCGUGGCCCGCACGGACGCCGUCUCCUGGUACAGUUGUGGACCGACUGUGUACGACCAUGCACACCUUGGCCAUGCUUGCUCAUACGUUAGGUUUGACAUUAUCCGAAGGAUCCUGACCAAGGUGUUUGGGUGCAAUGUGAUCAUGGCGAUGAGCGUCACUGACGUGGAUGAUAAAAUAAUCAGGAGAGCUAACGAGAUGAAUGUGUCCCCUGCUUCUCUUGCCAGUCUCUUUGAAGAAGAAUUUAAACAAGACAUGGCAGCCCUGAAGGUUCUGCCGCCAACGGUGUACUUGAGAGUCACUGAGAACAUCCCACAGAUCAUCAGUUUCAUUGAAGGCAUCAUUGCUCACGGCCAUGCUUACUCGACAGCCUCAGGCAGCGUCUACUUCGAUCUGCGAGCGCGAGGGGACAAGUACGGCAAGCUCGUCAGCGUGGUUCCCAGCGCAGCCCCAGAGCCAGUUGACUCUGACAAGCGGCACGCCAGCGACUUUGCCCUGUGGAAGGCAGCCAAACCUCAGGAGGUGUUCUGGACCUCGCCAUGGGGAGAUGGCCGUCCCGGUUGGCAUAUCGAGUGUUCCGCCAUGGCCAGCGAGGUGUUUGGGAGCCAACUGGACAUCCACACAGGCGGCAUAGACUUGGCUUUCCCACACCACGAGAACGAAAUAGCACAGAGUGAGGUCUUCCACCAGUGUCAGCAGUGGGGAAACUACUUCCUACAUUCUGGGCAUUUGCAUGUGAAAGGCAACGAAGAAAAAAUGUCCAAAUCCUUAAAAAACUACAUCACCAUUAAGGACUUCCUGCAGACCUUCUCCCCUGACGUCUUCCGGCUUUUCUGCAUGCGCACCAGCUAUAGGUCAGCCAUUGAAUACAGUGACAGUACCCUGCUGGAAGCCAAGCACCUCCUGCUGGCGCUGACCUCUUUUGUAGAGGAUGCACGAGCCUACAUAAGAGGGCAGCUGACCUGUGGCCCUGUUGGCGAAGAUGUGCUGUGGGAGAGGCUGAGCAUCACCAAAAAGGCCGUGAAGGCUGCGCUAGCCAAUGACUUUGACACGCCGAGGGCAGUGAACGCCAUCCUGGACCUUGUGCACCAAGCCAACAGACAGCUUAGAGCAGUCUCGAAGGAAGCUGGUGGUCCAAGAAGUCCCACUGUGUUUGGUGCCAUCAUCUCCUACGUUGAGCAGUUUUUUGAGACCGUUGGGAUUUCUCUGGCAAAUCAACAGUGUGUUUCAGGAGACAGUGGCUCAGCAGCUCUGCACUGUGUGGUGGAUGAACUUGUGCGCUUCAGGCUGAAGGUCCGCCAGUACGCACUGGCCACGCCCGGGGUGACUGGGGAGGCCCGGAGACAGCAGCUCCAGGAGAGGCAGCCCUUGUUAGAGGCAUGCGAUGCCCUGCGCCAGGACCUCGCCACCCACGGCAUCAAUAUUAAGGACAGAGGCAACACAACCUCCACUUGGGAACUUCUGGACCCACGGACGACACACCAGAAACCUGGAAGUCGAGGAUGAGACAGCUGCAGUCCCACAUGCCGCCAUGCCAUGGCGCCUGCUCUUGUGAUGAAAACUUUAUAUUAAAGUUGCAAUUGUGGCUGUUUAGCCAACAGUAAA